UAAAGUGUUACCCGGUGAAUGAAAAACAGUGAUUAACCUACCUUACAAUUGUGUCUUCCACAAUAUCGAGGUCCGGGUUUAAUGUUGACAAAAUAUGACGAUAAAAGUGAUCCUGCACUGUACCAGAAUUCUAUGAGCCAUGGUGGUCAUCUAGGUGCUACAUGGUGCUAUAGAGACCUUUUCUACCCAUUUGGAAAUGAAGACAUACGGAGUCCCUCUACAGAUGAUGGAAGCUCUCCAAUAAUAUUACUGGAAAAGCCCUUUGUAUAUUUUGGAAAUGUUUAUCAAAAGGCUUAUGUUAAUAACAAUGGGCAUUUGACAUUUGGUGAGCCUCUUUCACAGCCGACACCCGGCUAUUUGCAGUCAACAUUCAACAUAGACAUUAUUGCUCCACUUUGGACAGACAUGGACAACAGAGUCAAUGGAACAAUCUCUUAUCGUCAGGUCACCAGUGGUAGACUCUUACUAGCAGCUUCAAACAACAUAAACCAGUAUUUUCCUAAUCUGAACUUCACUGCCUCAUGGCUGCUCAUUGCCACUUGGGAUAAAGUGCCAUACUUUGCCAGCCCACAUUCGAAAUCAACUUUUCAAGUGGUUUUGGUGUCUGGCAAAAACAUAUCAUUUACACUCAUGCAUUAUGGUCAUAUCACUCCAACCACAAAUAGUUUUAUGUCUGGCUAUGACACAAGUGACUCAACGGAUUUCUUUUUCAUUCCUGUCUCUAACAUCACAAAACUGUCACUCACAAGCAAUGUCAACAUCACAGGUCGAUGGGUAUUUCGAGUUGACCAUGCAUCAGACCACAAUGAUCUUUUCUACCCAUUUGGAAAUGAAGACAUAAGGAACCCCGCUAUAGAUGAUGGAAGCUCUCCAGAUAUAUUAUUGGAAAAGCCCUUUGUAUAUUUCGGACAUGUUUAUCAAAAGGCUUAUGUUAAUAACAACGGCCAUUUGACGUUUGAUGGGCCUCUUUCACAGCCGAAACCCAGUAAUUUACAGUCACAGCUCAAAAUAGACAUCAUUGCUCCACUUUGGACAGACAUGGACAACACUGUCAGUGGAACAAUCUCCUAUCGUCAGGUCACCAGUGGUAAACUCUUAAGAGCAGCCUCAAACAACAUGAACCAGUAUUUUCCCAAUCUGAACUUCACAGCCUCAUGGCUGUUCAUUGCCACUUGGGAUAAAGUACCAUGUUAUAACAACUUGCAAUCAAGUUCAUCUUAUCAAGUUGUUUUGGUCGCUGGUGGCUCUCUGUCUUUUGUCAUGAUGAAUUAUGGAAACAUCUCCUCUACUUAUCAUCGCUUUCAGGCUGGCUAUGGCACUGUAAAAUCAACAAAUUACUUUUCCAUCCCUGUGCCUGAUGAAAAUAAGCUCUUCAACUCCAGCAAUGUCAAUGUGCCGGGACGCUGGGCAUUCCGUGUUGAUGGUGGACCUAAGGAAGGAAUUUUUUACCCAUAUGGAAAUAAGGAUACAAAAAACCCUGCAGAGUAUUUUGGAAGUUCUCCUCGGAUCCCUCUGGCUCAGCCGUUUGUCUACUUUGGGCUUAUUUAUAAUGAACUAUAUGUGAAUAACAAGGGGUAUUUGACUUUUAAUGAGCUGUUUCACCAGUCAUAUCCCAAUUCUUUUCCUGCAUACUCGACUAGAGACAUCAUUGCUCCAUUAUGGACAAACAUUGACAUUACACAAAAAGGAACCAUCUCUUACCGACAAGUAACAGAUUCUCAUCUCUUGAAUCGGGCCUCAGAAGACAUAAAACAAUAUUACCCUAACUUGAACUUCUCUGCUUCAUGGGUAUUCAUUGCUACGUGGGAUAAAGUACCGAGCUACAUAAACAGAAAGAUAUCAACCUUCCAAGUGGUUUUGGUGUCUGGCAAAAACAUGUCAUUUGCACUCAUGAAUUAUGGUUCUAUUGCCCCGACAUAUACUGUUAAGUCCGGCUAUGACACAAGUGAUUCAACUGAUUUCUUUUCAAUUCUCCUCUCUGACAUUACAUAUCUUUCAUACACAAGCAAUGUCAACAUCAUGGGUCGAUGGGUUUUUCGUGUUGACCAUGCAUCAGACAACAACGGACUGUUCUAUCCAUUUAGGAAUGGGCACAAACUGAAUCUGUCAGGGCCGCAUUAUGGAAUAUGGAAGCUCUUUUUGCAGACACCAUUUUCUUACUUUGGGCUCACAUACAGUUCUGUUUAUGUUAAAAAAAAUGGAUUUCUUACUUUCAACCGGCCACUGUUUCUUUCAAGUCCCCCAACUUUUCCUGCAAAUAUAGAUAUUGUUGCUCCACUUUGGACAGAUAUUGACAACAGUGACUUUUACUUUCAACAAUUCAAGGGUGUCCGAGUAUUACGGCGAAUUACAAAUGAUAUACGUCAAUAUUUUCCUAAUACAAAUUUUACUUCCGACUCAGUUUUUAUUUGUACUUGGGACAAUGUGAAAUAUUUCAACACUUCAGCACAGAAUUCGUCUUUUCAAGUACUGCUGAUCUCUGGAUCUGGAUUGUCAUUUAUUGUAUUUAAUUAUGGCAGUAUUCCCCAAACUAAACACAUUGCACUGGCUGGAUAUGACACUGACGAUUCAACCGGUUAUUAUACAGUUCCUGUGUUUAACACUGCUAACCUGACCCACUCCUCAAAUGUCAAUGUAAAGGGCCGUUGGGCUUUACAUAUCGACACAUUGCCAAAAAAACAUGGUCUGUUUUAUCCAGCUGGUUAUCAAAACACUCAGAAUCCCUGUCAAAGUAAUGCAAGCUCACCAGCUCUGCACUUGCAGUAUCCUUUCUUGUACUUUGGACGCAAAUACCAGACAAUAUAUGUCAACAGUAAUGGACUUUUGACCUUUGAACCAUUUUAUGAAAGACACCCAAAGGCUUUCCCUGCCAACUCUACUAGAGACAUUAUAGCUCCACUCUGGGCAACGUUUGACUGUAGUGUCAGUGGAAGCAUCACCUAUCGCAUUGUAACUCGAGGCCGUAUUCUGGACAGGGCGAGAAAUGAUAUCAAACAGUUUUUCCCUCAGUUUGGGUUCUCAGUACAUACAGUCUUUAUUGCUACUUGGAAUAGGGUCCCCUACUUGAACAGCCCCACAACAGAAUCCUCCUUCCAAGUCGUUUUAGUCAUUUUCAGAACUCUUUCCUUUGUCAUAAUGAACUACGGAAAUAUCUCCUCAACUGAUCAAAGUUUUCAGGCCGGUUAUGACACAAUACACUCAGCAAAUUAUUUUUCAAUCCCUGUGACUGAUAAAAAUAAGCUCUUCAACUCCAGCAAUGUCAAUGUGCCGGGACGCUGGGUAUUUCGUGUUGAUGGUGGACCUGAGGAAGGAAUAUUCUACCCAUGUAGAGGUGUAGAGGAUGAGAUGAGCCCACAGUCAGAUGAUGGAAGUUCUCCUCCAAUCCCCCUUCUGCAGCCAUUUGUGUACUUUGGGCGUGUAUAUGACAAAAUAUUUGUGAAUAAUAAUGGAGACCUGACCUUUGACAGGCCACUUUCCCAGUGGCAUCCCUAUUAUUUUCCUGCAAACUCAUCUGUAGACAUCAUCGCUCCAGUGUGGACAGACAUUGAUAAUCGGGAGAAAGGAACCAUCUCUUACCGACAAGUAACAGAUGCUCAUCUCUUGAAUCGGGCUUCAAGAGACAUAAACAAAUAUUUUCCCAACUUAAACUUUUCUGCCUCUUGGGUUUUUCUCGCUACAUGGGAUAAAGUAUCGUACUUCGGAAACAGAGAGGCAGAAUCUACCUUCCAGGUGGUUUUGGUUUCUGGGAAAAACAUGUCAUUUACACUCAUGCAUUAUGAUUUCAUCACUUCCACCCAAAGUGUAGAGUCCGGCUUUGACACCAUUAACUCUACAAAUUUCUUUUCAAUUCCGUUUUCUGAUGUCACAUAUCUGUCAUACACAAGCAAUGUCAACAUCAUGGGUAGAUGGGCAUUUCGUGUUGACAAUUCAUCAGAAAACAAUGGAUUCUGUAGCAAAUCUAACCCCCAAGCUUCCUCAGAUGAUGUUUCUAGUGCUCUGAUAUGUGGAAGAAACGCAGUUACCACCACCAGCAGGAUAGUAGGAGGUCAGAACACUUCAGCUGGACGCUGGCCCUGGCAGGCUAGUCUUCUUCGGUUAGGCAGACACAUCUGUGGAGGUUCUCUCAUCAACAAAGAGUGGGUGCUGUCUGCUGCCCACUGUGUUCAUGGGUAUCCAACCAUUGAUUUCACUGUGGUUUUGGGGCGACAGACCCAGGAAGGUUCCAACCCUAAUGAAGUGUUCAGAUAUGUGAGACGAAUCAUCAAACAUCCCAAUUACAAUUUUACAAAUGACAAUGACAUUGCUCUUCUCAAAUUGAGAUCGCCCGUCACCUUCACUGACUACAUCAGACCUGUGUGUCUAGCAGCUCAUAACAGUGUGUUCAACAGUGGCACAGACAGCUGGAUCACUGGAUGGGGAAAUAUUAGUGAAGGAGUGCCCCUUCCAUCCCCUAAAGUUCUACAGGAAGUGAAAGUUCCUGUAAUUGGUAACAGACAGUGCAACUGUCUCUAUGGAGUUGGAGAGAUAACGGACAGCAUGAUCUGUGCUGGUCUACUGGAAGGAGGCAAGGACUCAUGUCAGGGGGAUUCUGGAGGUCCGAUGGUGAGCAGGCAGAGCUCUGUAUGGGUUCAGUCCGGUAUUGUUAGCUUUGGGACUGGGUGUGGUCGACCUGAAACUCCCAGAGUGUUUGCCAGAGUAUCACACUAUCAGGAAUGGAUCAACUCCUAUGUAUGCAGUGAUCCUCCAGGUUUUGUGCAGUUUACCUCCACUGGAGCCGAUCCUGACUACAGUUACAGCUGUCCUGGUCUUCCUCCUCCUCCUCCUACUCCUUCUCCUCCUUCCUCAUCCACAGAUACAGAAUCUGCAGUUCUAUCUGCAUCAUCUCCUCCACAAAAUCUUUUGCUAUUAUGUUUUCUGUUGCUUCUACCAAUACUUGCCUUAAUUUUUUAUGCAAUGAAACACAACCGUUUUGGGUCAGUAAGAUUUCUUUUGAAAGAUAUUUAUACUUCUAUUCAGCAAAGAUGCAUUAAAUUGAACAGACGUGACAAUAAAGACAUUUAUAGUGACACAAAAGUUUUCUAUUCCAAAUAAGCGCUGUUCGUUUGAAAAUAUUCGAAGAAUCCUGAAAAUUGAUCACGGUUUCCACAAAAAUAUGAAGCACAACUGUUAAAACAUUGGUAAUAAGAAAUGUUUCUUGAGCAGUAAAUCAGCAUAUUACAAUGAUUUCUGAAGGAUCGUGUGACACUGAAGACUGAAGUAAUGAUGCUGAAAAUUCAGCUUUGCAUCACAGGAGUAAAUUACAUUUUACAAUAUAUUCUAAUAGGAAACAGCUCAUUUAAAUCAAAAUAACAUUUCACAAUAUUAAAAUUAAUGCACAUUUGGUGAGCAUAAGAUACUUAUUUCAAAAACAUUUAACUUUUGAAUGGUAGUGUAUGUACAAAAAUAGACAACGAAGUGGUUUAAACAUAAGUGGGGUAUUUGCUCGGUCAAAUACAUUGAUGUAAAGAGUUUUGAUCUUACAAUGUUUAGUUGUUUUCUUGAUCAUUCUUACACAAUUUUACUUCUUCACUGACUUUUGAAUAGCUCUAAUAAUGUAUUUAUUCCAGAUUCUGGAUCCCUUUCAAUAGCAUGAUGAUUUGUUAUUUAGUCUUUAUUUACCUUACCAACAUAUAUAUUAUUUGCCAAAUAUUUUUGUGAUUUGCGAAACACAACAUGUAUCUGUUUCUCACAAAUUAUGUUUAUUUUACUGAAUAUUAAUGUAGAAAAUUCUAUUCUAUUUACUUUUCUGUUGAUGUUUUAUACUGUGUAUUUUACACUAUAGAUGUAUUUUCAUGUGUAUAAAUUAUGUGUAUCUUUACCAAUCUUACUUGGAGGAAAUACUCAACUAGUCAGCUUUCCAAAUAUGACAUCACAUAUGGACAGUAGGAUCAAUGUCAUUUCAAUUGAUUAAUUGCUGUUUUACUGUUAGACUGACAUCUGGCUGGGCUGACAGACUAUUGUUGCAUUGUGGCACAAAAUUACAUUUUUAUUUUCUGUCUGUAUCCUAUUCAUUGGAUGUAAUUAUUAAAUACAACUUAGAAUACACUUUUCAAGAACAUGUAAUACACUUCUUGACAAUAAUAAAUAUGUCAGAAAAACA